AUGGAGCAGUUCGACGGCGACGCGCCGCGCAACCACGUGGAGGCGGAAGCUCGCGAGGAGAAGAAGAAUCACCGCAAAGACAAGCCUUGGGAUAGCGACGACAUUGACCACUGGAAGAUCGACCCAUGGCAGGACGAGUUAGAGGACGAGAAGGAUACCGGCAAGAAGAUCAAAAUGCCUGGUCUACUGGAGGAGAGCUCUUUCGCGACGCUCUUCCCCAAGUACCGCGAAAAGUACCUGCGUGAGGUCUGGCCUAUUGUCACCAAGGCUUUAGAUGCGCACAAAAUUUCCUGCGAGCUUAACCUGGUGGAGGGUAGUAUGACGGUACGCACCACUCGCAAGACCACGGACCCGUACAUUGUGCUCAAGGCACGCGACCUCAUCAAGCUACUAGCGCGUAGUAUUCCUGUGAAUCAGGCCGUUAAAAUUCUGGAUGACGAUGUGCAAUGCGAUAUCAUCAAGAUUGGAGGCCUCGUGCGCAACAAAGAGCGCUUCGUCAAGCGCCGUCAGCGUCUUGUUGGGCCUGACGGAGCCACGCUCAAGGCCAUUGAACUGCUCACGAACUGCUACGUGCUAGUGCAGGGUAACACCGUGUCGGCUAUGGGCAGCUACCACGGUCUACGCAACCUGCGUAAGAUCGUAGAGGAUUGCUUCGCGAAUGUGCAUCCGAUCUACAAUGUCAAGCGCCUUAUGAUCAAGCGUGAGUUGGCUAAGGAUCCCAAGCUCAAAGAUGAGAACUGGGAGCGUUUCUUACCUACAUUCAAGAAGCAGAACGUGCAGACCAAGAAGCCCAAGAAGGUCCGUGAGAAGAAGGACUACACGCCGUUCCCGCCAGCACCUACAGCCAGCAAGGUGGACAAGGAGAUCGAGAGUGGUGAGUACUUCAUGAAGGAGCACGAACGUAAGGCUAUGAAGAAAGCCAAGAAGCACGAGGACAAACUACAGGUGCUGCAGAAGCGCAAGGCUGACAAAAUGGCCGAGUACGCUGCCCCCAGCGAGAAAGAAACCAGCAAGAAGCGCAAGAAACAGAAGGCGGAAGCUCAGGAGGAGAACAAACGCGCUACUUCCGUUGAGGCGCUCAAGCAGAAGUUCCUCAAUCAGAAGACAUCAGACUCUAAGACUGCUGCUUCUGUGAACGAUUACUUGGCUGUUCCGUCCAAGAAGAAAGCAAAGAAGGCUGACGCGUAA